AAUCGCAUCAUGGAGCUUGCAGGGGCCCGCGGGACAGACGCUGCCGCUUGCCUCGUGUGACCCCCACCACCACCAGCACCCAGCCAACUCGCGGGCCGAGUCGCCCCGUGCGUUCUAAUUGCGUUGCUGACAAUCACCAUCAUCACAUCAUCACCGUCCCAUCGCCGUCGUAGUCGCCCUGCAGUGAUGACGAUCGCGCUGUCCGCGAUGCUGGCGGCCGCCGCCUGGGCCGCCGUGGGGCCCGCGGUCUCGGCCCGCCGCAGAGGGGACGCGCGCCACGACCUCCUGGUGGCGGACCACACCGAGCAGCGACUCGCCACCCUCGAGGACCGAAUGGACAAGGUCUACCAGGAUGUGGAUACGGUGGUGCGGCAGUACCGCGACUUCGAGGUGGAGAUUCUGUCUCGCCUCGAGACGAUGUCCCACGAGGCCCAGCACGGCAACCACUGGUGGGACGGCAUGCAGGCCCGGCUGAGCGAGUUGGAGAAGGCGAUGGAGGGAAUGGACAAGAGGACAAACUGCGACGAUGUUUGCCGGUCACGUGCUCGGCCGGACGGCGCCGGGCAGCCGGCGUCACGGGCGGGCAGCGGCGGCAGCUCUCCGGCGCCGCGGCAAGAGCAGAGGCUGCACCAGCAGAGUCUCGGGCAGGGGGGCAAAGGGCAGGGGGGCAGCGUCUCCCUGCCCGGCCUCACCAUCAAGCUUGGCUCACCCACCAAGGCCGAAGGAAAGUUUGCAAACACGACGCUCGCUGGACCGGCAGACGCUGCUAAGAGCUCCGCGAUCCAGAAGCCGCGGUCGGGCCCAGGAUCGACGGGCAAGCAGCCCGCCACGGCCUCGUCACCCGCCAUCCGCAUCCGCCUCGCCUACAAGCGCGACUCGGAGUGCAACGUGACGCUGGCGAGCGUCAAGUCGGUGAAGACGGUGAAGCGCUGGGGCUCACCGCACGGCGCGUGGCUCAAGGACCCCGCGGUGGACGUCCACCGCCUCUUCCUAUUCGACGGCACCGAGGGCGACACCGCCACCGCCUACGCCAGCGCCAAGGAGUUCGCGGGCCUGCACCGGGGGGGCACCGCCACGCGGCCCGGGCAGCGGCGGCAGCAGGGGGAGGAGGAGACCGCGGCCGGGAAGCUGCUGCGUCUCCCGUCCGGUUGGCGCGGCACGGGCGCCGUCGUGUACGCCGGCUCGGUCUACUACCACCGGCGCGGCAGCAUCAACGAGAUCCUGCGCUACGACCUGGCCAAGAGUGCGGUGGUUGGCCGUGUUCUCGUGCGCGGAGCCGGGAGGGUCCCCGUGUACGAGCUCGCCCCCUUCACGGCCAUCGACCUCGCGGUGGACGAGCACGGGCUCUGGGCGCUGCACGCGGUGCCCGCGGAGAGCGACGACGACGACGCCGCCCACACGGACGGAGACGACGGCGGCGGCGACGAGCCGGAAAGCGGCGGAGACCUCGUGCUGUCCAAGCUGGACGCCAGCUCCCCGGCGGGCGGGCUGCGCGUGGAGGCCAGCUGGCGCACCCCGUGCCCCAGCCGCGGCGCCCAGGCCGCCUUCGUGGUGUGCGGGAGCCUGCACGUGGUGUACGCGGCGACGCGAGACCGCGGCGCGCCCUGGGUCGCCUGCGCCUUCGACCCGGAGGCGGCCACCACGGGAGGGGGUGGCGGUGGAGGGAGCGACCGGGCGCACCUCGUGCCCUUCCCGGCGCCGACCGCCGGCGCUCCGCCGCUGUCCUCGCUGCACUACAACCGGCGCGAGCGGCAGCUCUACGCCUGGGCCGACGGCUACCAGGCGCUGUACAAGCUCGGCCUCGCCAAGAAGACGGGGCUGUGAGCGCCGCGCGGCCUGCGCGGGGCGUGGAUGGCGCGACUGCCCGUGCGUCUGCGUGGACCGUGGGGCCCCGCACGAGGAGUCGGGUAGCGUAGCCACGGAGUGUACCGGCGGUGCAACUGCACCAGCGCCCACGGGCCGGCUGGAGACGAAGACGGGGGGAAGGCAGGGACAGGGGGGCCUCGUGUUUUUCCUUUCACCGUCCCCCCCCCACCCCGAGUGCCAGCAAUCGCCUCGGCAAGGACUCUCCGUGCUGCGCGGUGUGGGAGGCGCCCAGCGAAAUCUCGCAUCGCCCUGCGGCAGCGCCAGCCGCUGUGCGAAUGUGAUGUUUAUUUUUAUCUCGUAACAUUUUUGAAAACUUUUGUAAUCUUAGCUUCCUUUUAUAUUCGGCCCCCGAUUUCAUCCAUCUCCGUUGCCAACAAAACUCACGAGGAGCAGAAGAAGAAGAAUCUCUGCAGCCUUCUCGCAGGGCGGUGUCCAAGUUACAGGGGAGAGUGGUGGGUGGGGUGCAGGAGCCGACUGCGAGAAGCGGGGGACACCCAGGGGCUGGCGCGCACGGAGCCAUCGGGGCCCCGCGUCUCCCCGCCCCGCGUUUCUCCGCCGUGGAAGUCCUUGCCGCCCUCCCCGCCUCGUGCAUUCUUGUUCACAAUUCACUCCCCCCCAUCUGAAUUCAAAGCUGUGCGUUCACACUCUGUAUGCAAAUGUUGGGCUUUAUCCGCAUUAAAGGAUUCAUAAAAGAGGGAAGUGGUUAGCUUGCCGCACUAGAAACCCGGCAACCCGAAUUUGAUUCCCUGCCGCGGCUCACAUCCGUGGCGUGCGCCAUCACACGCGCUGAAGCUCCUCCCUCACCCGUUCCCAACCCGCACUGGCCCGUGUGGUGAAGUAUGGCCACAAUGGCGAGGCGGAUGGGAGUGGCUGGGAUUUGUAUUUCGACGUUCACCCCCCUCCCGCCCCCUUACUGCCACGCGUUGUUGUUUAUUGUCGAUGCUUAUUUGUCUGGAUAUAUUUGGAGCGUGUUCAGUGUUAGGCUCUACCGUGUUUGUAUCGGCCCCGUCUCCGUACAGCGACGAGGUUUUGAUUUCCUGCGAUGGCUUUUAAACGCUCGAUUUAAUUAAAGAGAGGGAAGC